GGCUGAGGGCGGGCAAGCACGGGGGGUGUGAAAGCCCCUGAAGCGUUCGGCGGGCGGUCCCGGGCGGCAGCCGGCUGUGGGCGGGCAGGGAACCGCCGGUGCCGCUUGUCCCUCUGGCCGUGCGCUGCCCCGCGGUACCCCCGCGUCCCUGCUCGGUGUGCCCGCAGCGCUGCCGAGCGCCUUGGCCCUGAGCGCCUUGGAUCUCUUAAUCCCUCUGCACCGAAAUGGAUGUGCCUGUGCACUGUCCCAUCGUAACUUUAUGAGUAGCGGUGCAUGGCUUGCAGUACUCCAAGCUACGUUUGUAGUCCCAUGUUGCUCGGAAAUAGCUGAAAAUUAAAUGGGAAAGGGCGGAUAUGUGUUUUCCUGGGAGAUAAAGAACAUCAGUACAUGGUAACUCCGUCACCUUCUGGCUAUCCCAAUAAUGAAAACGGAAGCUAAGGAAGGAGAAGAGGAAAGCCUGCAGACAGCAUUCAAAAAGCUAAGAGUUGACACAGCUGGAUCUACUGCUUCUCUCUCUGUGGGUGAAGGGACAAGUCCAAGAGCACUGGUUAGAACAGUGGUAGAUGAAACCAAACCUAAAAAUGCAUGUACUUCUAAGGAAACCUGGCAUGGGUCUAUGAAGAAGCCUUCAAGAGGAGUUGUGAGAACGCAGCGUCGCAGGCGUUCCAAGUCUCCGAUUCUUCAUCCUCCAAAGUUUAUCCAUUGCAGCACAAAAUCUCAUUCCACGUGUAACCAGCUAGUGCACAAGGGCCAAAUUGAUGCCCAGGAUGACAGCAGUGGGUUUGGCAUGCACAUCCCAAAGGAAGCUUGUGCAGAUGAACAGUGCAGUAUUGCUCCUGAUGUUGGCCAGAGGGGAGCUGAUGUUGAGUCUUCGGGAGCUUCUGUUACGCAGUCAGCGUCAGAGAACAGACAGGACACCUCUCCAGCUGCUGUUCCUCUAGUGUCCAAAGCCAGCCUAAAGACUACGGAGCUUUCUGACUUUGAAUCUAUGGCCAGGCUGAACAGGAAUAAGCCAUGUGCAUGUUCAGGUGGAGCCUGUCAGUGUAAACGAUGGCAAGAUAUGGAAGUGUACAAAUUCUCUGGCUUGCAGAACACCCUCCCACUGGCACCUGAUAGAACAACAGUUUCUGAGGAUCACUCCCAGACUUUGCCAUCAAGAACUCCCUCAAGUUCUCCACGCUCUUGCUCUGAGCAAGCCAGGGCCUUUGUGGAUGAUGUGACUAUUGAAGAUCUUUCGGGAUACAUGGAAUAUUAUUUGUAUAUUCCAAAGAAAAUGUCUCAUAUGGCAGAAAUGAUGUACACCUGACAGCAAUGAGAACUAAAAAGAGAAGAGUGGAUGGUUUAAUUCUGCCCUCCAUCACAGGCAUUUGAUAUGCAACCUACUCCCUGCUCACUGUGCUUGCAAUAAAAACACUUUUUUGCAUCUUAGCUGAUGUUCAUUAUUUAAGCUGGACAUUUUAGCUUAAGCAUUAGUUUAAGGUUGGAAUGGAUAAUGAAGUAAACAUGGUCAGCGUGUUUAGAGUAUACUUGUCUAUACUUAAGAGACCUAAUGCUUGGGAAAUUCUACUUUAUUUUCCAAGUCCUCCUGUUUCAGUUUGUUGGAAAAGUCUCUAGAUUGAUUGGUGAUUAUUGCUCUUAUUGUGAGAAACUUGGUGUAAUUCAGCUUGUUUGAAAUUGCUUCAAUCUCAGGUGGUU